GCAUGCGAGUGAGUGAGACUUCGUCAGCGGAGCCAGUGCCGGGGAGGCUCGGCGGCGGACGCCGCCAUUACUAAACCGGGGAGGGUGGGAGGAAUGGAGCCAGGCCGUCGUGGCCGGGAGUUCUGAGGGGGGUUGCGGAACGCAGGGGAACGGUCACCGCUGCUGCGAGAGCCCCGGAAAUGCCGCGGGAGAGCCGAGACGGAGAACACUCUCAGGGAAGAAAUAUUUGAAGAAGAUCUUAAGAAGUACCACUAUUUUGUCUGUAAAGGACACCUGGACCUAAAUACUUAAGUUAAUUGCAAGCUUGAAAAUCUGAGAGAAACUGAGAACUUAUUCUGUGAGCUUGAAGAUAAUUUUUCAGUGUGUAAAGGCACUUUUAAGAAUGAAAACUACACCCAGUUGUGUUAGUGAAUAUAGAACAAUGAGAAGAACACUAUGAUGGCGAAGAACAAAGAGCCUCGCCCCCCAUCCUAUGCGAUUAGUGUGGUUGGACUUUCUGGAACUGAGAAAGACAAGGGGAACUGUGGAGUUGGGAAGUCGUGUUUGUGCAAUAGAUUUGUACGUUCAAAAGCAGAUGAAUAUUACCCAGAACAUACCUCUGUGCUUAGCACAAUUGACUUUGGUGGACGAGUUGUUAAUAAUGAUCACUUUUUAUACUGGGGUGACGUAACACAAUGUGGAGAGGAUGGAAUAGAUUGUAAAAUUCAUAUUAUUGAACAGACUGAGUUCAUUGACGAUCAGACUUUUUUGCCUCAUCGAAGUACGAAUUUACAACUAUAUAUAAAACGUGCAGCUGCAACCAAAUUGCAGUCAGCUGAAAAACUUAUGUAUAUUUGCACAGAUCAGCUUGGAUUGGAGCAAGACUUUGAGCAAAAGCAAAUGCCUGAAGGGAAGCUAAGUGUCGAUGGGUUUGUGUUGUGCAUUGAUGUAAGUCAAGGAUGCAAUAGGAAGUUUGAUGAUCAGCUUAAGUUUGUGAAUAACCUCUAUAUUCAGCUAUCAAAAUCUAAAAAGCCUAUAAUAAUAGCAGCAACUAAAUGUGAUGAAUGUGUAGACCAUUAUUUACGAGAGGUUCAGGCAUUUGCUUCCAAUAAGAAGAACCUUCAGGUAGUUGAAACAUCAGCAAGAUUCAAUGUCAAUGUAGAGACAUGUUUUACUGCAUUGAUACAAAUGAUGGACAAAACCCGUGGUAAGCCUAAAAUAAUUCCCUAUCUGGAUGCCUAUAAAACACAGAGACAGCUUGUUGUUACUGCAACGGAUAAAUUUGAGAAACUUGUUCAGACUGUUAGAGACUACCAUGCAACAUGGAAAACUGUUAGUAAUAAAUUGAAAAAUCAUCCAGAUUAUGAAGAAUACAUUAAUUUAGAGGGAACCAAAAAGGCCAAAAAUACUUUUUCAAAACACAUAGAACAGCUUAAACAAGAGCAUAUAAGAAAAAGAAGAGAUGAAUAUAUUAAUACAUUACCAAGAGCUUUUAACACUCUUUUGUCAAACCUUGAAGAGAUUGAGAAUUUGAACUGGCCUGAAGCUUUGAAAUUAAUGGAAAAAAGACCAGAUUUCCAACGAUGUUUUGUGGUGCUGGAAAAAACACCAUGGGAUGAAACUGACCAUAUAGAUAAAGUGAACGAUAGGAGAAUUCCAUUUGACCUUUUGAGCACACUAGAAGCGGAGAAAGUUUAUCAAAAUCAUGUGCAGCAUCUAAUAUCAGAGAAGAGGAGAGUUGAAAUGAAGGAGAAGUUCAAAAAAACUCUUGAAAGAAUACAGUUUAUUUCUCCAGGGCAGCCCUGGGAAGAAGUUAUGUGUUUUGUAAUGGAAGAUGAGGCUUUUAAAUAUAUUACAGAAGUGGAUAGUAGGGAAGUAUAUAGCAGGCAUCAACGGGAAAUAGUUGAAAAAGCCAAAGAGGAAUUUCAGGAAAUGCUUUUUGAACAUUCUGAGCUGUUUUAUGACUUGGAUUUGAAUGCAACACCUAGUUCUGAUAAAAUGAGUGAAAUUCAUGCAGUUCUGAAUGAAGAGCCUCGCUACAAAGCUUUACAGAAACUUUCACCUGACCGAGAGUCUCUUCUCCUUAAACAUAUAGGUUUUGUGUAUCAUCCCACUAAAGAAACAUGUCUCAGUGGCCAAAACUGCAUGGACAUUAAAGUAGAACAGUUACUAACCAAUAGUCUCUUACAACUGGACCAUGGUCGCUUAAAUUUGUAUCAUGACAGUGCCAACAUUGAUAAAGUUAAUCUUUUCAUUUUGGGUAAGGAUGGUCUUGCACAAGAGCUGGCAAAUGAGAUUCGGACACAAUCCACAGAUGAUGAAUAUGCUUUAGAUGGAAAAAUAUAUGAACUUGAUCUUAGACCAGUUGAUGCAAAGUCACCUUAUCUUUUGAGUCAGUUGUGGACUUCUGCCUUCAAACCGCAUGGAUGUUUCUGUGUGUUUAAUUCUAUUGAAUCACUCAAUUUCAUUGGUGAAAGCAUUGGGAAAAUACGAACUGAGGCAUCUCAAAUAAGAGACAAGUAUAUGGCCAAUCUACCAUUUACAUUAAUAUUAGCUAAUCAGAGAGAGAGCGUUAGCAAGAAUCUGCCCAUUCUAAGACACCAAGGACAACAAUUGGCAAACAAGUUACAGUGUCCUUUUAUAGAUGUACCUGCUGGUACCUACACACGUAAAUUUAAUGAAGCCCAAAUAAAACAAGCUUUGAGGGGAGUUCUGGAAGCAGUGAAACACCAUUUUGAUGUUGUAAGUCCUGUUCCUAUAAUUAAGGACCUUUCGGAAGCUGAUUUGAGAAUUGUAAUGUGUGCCAUGUGUGGAGAUCCUUUCAGUGUAGAUCUUAUUCUUUCACCCUUCCUUGAUUCUCAUUCAUGUAGUGCUGCUCAAGCUGGUCAAAAUAAUUCCCUAAUGCUUGAUAAAAUUAUAGGUGAAAAAAGGAGGCGAAUACAGAUUACGAUAUUAUCAUACCAUUCUUCAAUUGGUGUCAGAAAAGAUGAACUUGUUCAUGGGUAUAUAUUAGUUUACUCAGCUAAGAGAAAAGCAUCUAUGGGAAUGCUUCGUGCAUUUCUUUCAGAAGUACAAGAUACUAUUCCUGUCCAGUUGGUGGCUGUUACUGACAGUCAGGCAGACUUUUUUGAGAAUGAAGCUAUCAAAGAACUAAUGACUGAGGGGGAACACAUAGCUACUGAGAUUACUGCUAAAUUUACAGCUCUAUAUUCUUUAUCUCAGUAUCACCGUCAGACUGAGGUUUUCACACUGUUCUUUAGUGAUGUUUUGGAAAAGAAAAACAUGAUUGAAAAUUCCUAUGUAUCUGAUAGUACUAGAGAGUCAACACAUACAAGUGAGGAUGUUUUCCUGCAUUCUCCCAAAAGGAGCUCCAUUGCCUACAGUGGCUAUCCAGAUUCAGAAGAUGAUACUGAAGCCCCACCUCCUUACAGCCCAAUUGGAGAUGAUGUACAACUACUACCGGCACCCAGUGAUCGCUCAAAAUAUCGUUUAGAUUUGGAAGGUAAUGAAUAUCCUGUGCAUAGUACACCACUAAAUUGUCAUGAUCAUGAACGCAAUCAUAAAGUGCCUCCUCCCAUAAAGCCGAAGCCAAUUGUACCCAAGACAAAUGUGAAAAAACUGGAUCCAAACCUAUUAAAAACAAUAGAAGCAGGCAUUGGUAAAAACCCAAGAAAAUCUAGAAUGCCUUUGGCAUCAGCUGAUGAUCUAGAUCAGUCUGAUAAUUAUGCAGAACCUAUAGACACUAUUUUUAAGCUCAGAGGUGUUACUGAUGAUAUCUAUGCGGUUCCUGAUGAUAGUCAGAAUCGUAUGAUUAAAAUUCAAAAUUCAUUUGCUAUAAAUAAUGUCCAAGGUGAUGAAGAAAAUGGAUUUCCCGACAGAACUUCAAGGACCCACGGAGAAAGAAGACCUUCAAAAUACAAAUAUAAAUCUAAAACUCUGUUUAGCAAAGCCAAAUCUUACUAUAGGAGAGCACAUUCAGAUGCAAGUGAUGAUGAAGCUUUUACAACUUCUAAAAUGAAAAGAAAAGGAAGACAUCGUGGCAGUGAAGAAGACCCACUUCUGUCCCCUGUAGAAACAUGGAAAGGUGGCAUUGAUAACCCAGCAAUUACAUCAGAUCAAGAGUUGGAUGAUAAAAAGUUAAAGAAGAAAACCAUGAAAGUGAAGGAGGACAAGAAACAAAAAAAGAAAACUAAGACAUUCAAUCCACCAACUCGUAGAAAUUGGGAGAGUAAUUACUUUGGGAUGCCCCUGCAGGAUUUGGUUACACCUGAAAAGCCUAUACCACUCUUUGUUGAAAAAUGUGUGGAGUUCAUUGAAAAUACAGGUUUAUGUACUGAAGGUCUCUAUCGUGUUAGCGGAAAUAAAACUGAUCAAGACAACAUUCAGAAGCAAUUUGAUCAAGAUCAUAGUAUCAGUUUGGAAUCUAUGGAUGUAACAGUAAAUGCUGUGGCCGGAGCCCUUAAAGCUUUCUUUGCAGAUCUUCCAGAUCCUUUAAUUCCAUAUAAUCUACAUCCAGAAUUAGUUGAUGCAUCCAAAAUUCUUGAUAAGACAGAACGGUUGUAUGAGUUGAAAGAAAUUGUGAAGAAAUUUCAUCCAGUGAACUAUGAUGUCUUCAAAUAUGUAAUAACUCAUCUGAACAGGGUUAGCCAGCAAAGUAGAACCAAUUUUAUGACUGCAGACAACUUAUCUAUCUGUUUCUGGCCAACUUUGAUGAGACCUGACUUUGAAAACAGAGAGUUCCUUUCAACCACCAAGAUUCUCCAGUCAGUAAUAGAAACAUUCAUUCAACAGUGCCAGUUUUUCUUUUAUAAUGGAGACAUUUUAGAAACAUCUGACAGUGUGGCACACCAGCCUCCCCCUUCUAACCCAGUGCAAAUGGUGGAUCCAAUCGUACCACUACAGUUACCACCACCUCUACAACCUCAGCUAAUACAACCACAGUUGCAAGCAGAUCCUCUUGGUAUUAUUUAAAUAUAACAGCUUACAGUAAAUAGAAGAUGGUUGCAGUCAGCCUGGAAUCGGAUAGAAAGAAAGAAAAACUAGAGAUGCAUGUUCUGAAGAUAGAGAAGUUGCUUUCAUAUUGAUGGAAGUAUUUGGAUUCAAACUGGGAAGUAUUUGUUGUAGGCAUACUAUACACCUUGUUCAUAAACACGCAGGUCAAAAUUAUGUGAUUAGCAUGACUGGAGAGGUUUAAUUUUUUAAACAAAACUAAAAUGCGAAGCUGCUGUUGCAUGAACAUUUCUUGCAAACACUAUCAUUCCUGUGACAAUUUUGUCACAUUAUAUUGUGAAUAAUUUUUUUCUAUAUAAAUGUAAUGAUUAAAUAAAUCAUUUAUGGAACAUUCAAUGCUUACAGCCUGCUUUAGGGCUGUUUUUGUUGUUUAAUGUUCUUUUUUCCUGACAAUUCCUUUCCCCAUCUAUCCAAUUGCUGUGAUCAGCUAAAACACAGCUGUGUUUUUUAUUUGUAAAAACCCCAAGCAACCUAUGCUACAGUAUGCUUCUUUUCAGAGAGAACAUAAACUGCACUGCUAGAAAUACACUUUCCAUUUCCUUUUAAGAAACCUGUGGAUAUUUGUGUCUGAGGGGUUAGUAAUUUUUUCUUACAGCACAAUACCAAGGACAUGCUUAUUGUAAAAGUGAGUUUAACCAUUGUACAAAAAUGUUGCUGUUACCUACUUUUCCCUUUUACGUUAAUGAAUGAAACACUUUAUAAUACUGUUAAUUCUGUACACAGUUGCAUGUUUAAAAGAUCAUUGAUCUUGUAAACUUAAUGUAAUAUAUUUUAGAUAUUUUAAUUUUUCCCGCAAGGGAGUUCAUCUAGUAUAUAGAAAGAAGUUUGACAUUUUCAUAUAAGUUUAUAACUUUUCAUACAUAAAUGCAAAAUUUGUUGUAGUGUAAACUCUCUAAACCAAACAAUCUAGGACUUAUAAUGUAUACACUAUAUCUAUUUUUCUGUGACCCUUUAAAGGUAUAAAAAUUGCUGAUAUAUAGCAAUAAAUACUUUGGGUACUGAGCAUCUUAAUGUAUAUAAAAAGACCUUGUAUUCAUGUUUUUAAAUGUGAUCUGUUGUACUAAAAAUUCAAAAUGGCUGUUUGCACCAUUUUAAAGUUUUUUUUCCUUUUACAUUGGUACAAAUUUUGCUGUAAAAGAUUGCUGCUUAGUUUCCAGAAACAUUCUUAGUUAGCCUUUAGUAUUGAUGAAUAUGAUUGAAAGCUAGAAAUAAUGAAUCAGGUUUGAGUAGAGCCUAAUAAUAUUUUAAUUUCCCCUUAAUGUCAUUUUCUUUUACAUUCUCAGAAGAAGAAACCUGAUUUAUUUAGCUGCUGGGAAAUUUUGAGAAAAUUUUAAAAAUCCCUUUACAGUCUCCAUUGUAAUCUUCAUUCAUAGUUUGAGAUCUUCUGCAGCAGUGGUUCCCAGCCUUUUUUCACUUGCAUACUCCUUGGCAAUCCAUUUCGCUAAAAUUGCUCCCAAAUUAGCAAACCCAUGACCUAAUUUUUUUCUCUCAUAUCCCCAAAUGCUCUGGCUUGUACCCCUAAGAGUUACCGUACCCCAGGUUGGGAACUACUGUCCUGCAUUUUAAUUAUAAAAGUUCUUAAGAGUGUGAUUAGCAAAGUUGGUUAGGAAUUAAGGUUCUUAAGAGCUUUGCUUCAUAUGUCUAAAAUUAAAAAAUGCCUUUUUCAAUUGUUAUGUCCUAGGUAUUGUACUUCCAAUUAUGACUCUGAUUAUCAUUUAGUUAAAAUACCAUAACCCAGGCUGCUGUUGAAGUAUUUGUAUAUUAUAAAUUAUCUCAAUAUUUGUGUUAUAUUCUUGCAAGUAAUUAUCUUUUCUAAAAAAACAAAAAACAAAAACCUAUUCCAAUUCAAAGCACACAGGAUAUAAACACAAUAAAAUUUGUCCUGUAAAUGUAGUAGCAUUAACUUGUUUUACAUUACAUCUGUUUCCUAAAUAGCUUUUAUUUAUAGCCAUCAGUUUAACAUAGGCAUGUUAAGAUAAAUAAUUAAUCUUCAAGAGUUUUAUAAACUGUUUCUAGGUUGCUAAAGAAUUUAUUUUUCUACUAUAGAUGGUAUAGACAAAAGCAUCAAACUGUACAGAAAAAGCUUAUUUCUAUUGCAAGUAGGCUUAAAUUUUUCAGUCAUAUCAUUUGAAAAAAAGUCUAACAAUAUAGAAGUUGAAAUUGUUUUUCUUUUAGAAUGCUGUCUUUUUGUAAACUAGUGUAAUUUGGUCAUCUGUACUGAUACCAUUGUUUUAUUAUCCUUACAUUGAUUUCCAGAAAUUGGUUUCAGAUUGUUACAGGUGACUAUUUAACAGUCUUUUUUCUCUUGAUUUUUCACCUUCCCCAUAAUUGUUAAAAUGCUGCUCUUACAGUUAGCCUAGAUCAUGAUCCACCAAGGUGGUGGUCACCUUGAGCGUCCUGAUCACAGCAUACAUAUGCUUGUGUUACGUUUAUUGUAAUAACAAUACAACCCUUGCACUCUUUGCUGCUACAUAAAGCCACCAUAUGUUAUAAGUUACUAGGGAUUCAGUCUCAGUGGAUCAUGUCCAUAGAUCAUAGGUUUAAUACUUAAGCAUUAAUCUGUUUGCCUACUUGUCAUUCUUUUCAUGAUUAAUACUUUAGAAUUAAAGCACUGUGGAUGCUAUCUGUGAGACUCUCAGCAGCAUAUUUUUUUGCAUGUUAGUCUUGUUUCUGCUUGACACAGACAUUUAAAACAGGAAGGGCUGCUAAAUUGAAAAUGGGAAAAUCAGAUGGGAGUAUCCCAUUAUAGUUUGGGGGGGGGUUGUUGGCACUCAUAUGAUCCUAGAGAAUCCACCAUGGAGAAUAGCGACGAUCAGCUGGUGGUAUAGAAAGCAACCCUACGUACAUGCUUGGUGUUUUGAGAUGUUGAUUUUGGCCAAUGGGGUAUUCCACUAUAGCAUACUUUUUCUGAAAUUUCAAGCCAGGGAAUGUUGUUGAUCGUGUGAAUCCAAUAAAUUUUACAGUAACGUAAACAGUGCUCAAUGGUUGUCCAUUAAUCUUUGACAUCCCCUUUGUUUUUUGGAGGGGUUUUUUGGGGGUGUGUGUGUGUAUCCCUAAACUGUAUGUGUAGCUUUAGGUUGCAGUUCUGAGCACAUAUAUGCUUAAAUAAGAUCUGUUUAGAUCAGUGAGCUGCAAUUCUGAGCACAGUUACUAGGGAUUCAGUCAGUCAGUUGCGGUCACUGAAACUUAGUAAUUGUACUUAGGGUUAUGCUAUAUGUAUUUAACAAGUAUUUAGGUGAUUUAUCAGUGUAUUUAGUCCCACACAUGAAACAUUUAAAUGGCAUUUUAUAUUAAAUGAUGUUUUUCAGAUUAUUUUUACAUUACGCUCAAACUUUAAACAUAAUGUAAAUAAGUUAUACGAAAAAUCCUAAAUGAAGAGCAACAAUUCUUUUUUUAUCCCUGAAAUGUGUUCUUGCAUUACUUCUGAAUGCUGGUUGGUAAGUAAAUCACCAUUGAUUCUUUUUAAGCAAAACAGCCGGAAAGCUUUAGUUUCUAAUAUCUCUUUGAAAUUGUGAAGAUGUAAGCUAAUGGAAGAGGUUUAAAAAUACUAGGCCUUAGCCUCCAUUGUGAUUUCAUUUUUUACAGUAACUGUAAAUUUUACAUUUUUUACAGUAAAUAACACACUUUAAAACUUUUGUUUAUAGUUCAUGUAAUCUUGUCACAUCUCCUACAGAAAGUGAGUUUAAUAUCAGUGUAUGCAGAAUGCUAUGAAUAAAACAUUAAGAUGUCUACCUUGUA